UGUAUAAUUGCCAAAGCAUCGAACUUUGUUGAAGCAACGAGUUUCUCUGGAGAAUCCCCUUUUUCCGACGAGCAAAGUGAUAGAGGAAAGGGUUUUGUGCUGCUUGCGAUUGUCGUUGUCCGUUGGAUGUGAAGAACGUUAUGGCCGUGGUUACCAGCAAAACGAGCUUGUUGUGGUCGAAUCGUGGAGUCAGGAGCGAAGAUGGCGUGCCUAGAUUUUCCAAGAGCUGCGAGAACGAGAGGUUCGCGAGAUUCCAGGUGAGGCCGGGCCCUUCUUCGUUGAAAUCGAAGCAGCCGGAGCUCGGAUCGUCGUCGAUUUCGUGGUCGAGGAGUGGUCUUCACGGCAAGAGAAUCGUCGCGCGCCGAAUCGAAGCUGUGCCCAAGAGAGCGGCUGCUCUAGGGUUUCGCAUCAAUUCGCGGCAGGGGGGUCUGCUAAUUGGGAGAGCUCAUAAGUGGUGGGAAAAAGGAGUGCAACCGAACAUGAAGGAAGUGAAAAGCGCGCAAGAUCUUGUGGACUCGUUGCUAAAUGCAGGGGACAAGCUGGUCGUCGUUGAUUUCUUCUCACCAGGUUGCGGUGGGUGCAAGGCUCUGCAUCCCAAGAUAUGCCAGUUUGCCGAGACGAACCCGGACGUUCAGUUCCUCCAGGUGAACUAUGAGGAGCACAAGUCCAUGUGCUACAGCCUCAAUGUCCAUGUCUUGCCCUUCUUUCGAUUCUACCGAGGGGCUCACGGCCGGCUCUGCAGCUUCAGCUGCACCAACGCCACGAUCAAGAAGUUCAAAGAUGCAUUGGCCAAGCACACCCCAGAGCGGUGCAGCCUCAGCCCAACCAAAGGUCUGGAAGAGAAGGAGCUUCUCGCGCUUGCAGCCAACAAAGAUUUGUCCUUCAACUACACCCCAAAACCAGUUCAACCUACACGGUCACCUGCAGAAGAAGUUACCGUAGGACCAAUACCGUCCUAUCCGGGCCUUCCUUUUCCGCUUCCAUUGAGCGCUCCCAAGUCUGCUCAAGACAUGGACGAGAAAUCUCUGGUCACAUCCGGGAGAUGAUGAUAUCAGCUUAUCAAGCAACCAAAUGCUCUUAGCGCUCGGCCGCUCCCAAUGUACAGUCCCCUCUUUAUGCCAUCCGUAGUGUAUCUAAGCUAGUGUAUUGUAGUGUCCCAAGGAUUGGCGGGGUGUCCGGAUCUGGUUUUUGCAAUCCUAGCCCCUGCUGUUGUUCCAGUGAGAGCUUGAUGAGUUUGCUGUCUUCUGCUUCCUCCUGUAUAGAAGAUGAGUGAUUACUGUUUUUUCCCCAUUUUUGGUGGCCAAAAUAGAGCCCUGCUCAUGGAAAAUGGUAUGCCUACUUCCCCAGUAGCGGUCCCUGUUUUUCUUUCCCCUCUGUCCUGUGUUGUUUUGUCGGUGAAUUGAGAUGCGAGAUAUGAAUGCCUACGUCUCUC